AUGUUUAUCUUGCGAUUCUCAUGGGUUUCACUGUUUUUCCAGAUUUUCGAUUGGAAAAAGAUGAAGACCCCUCACAAUGGUUUACCGCCCCAUAGUGGCGUGAAGGUGACUCUAGGCGUCGAUCUGCGAUGUACAGCGUGGGUUGGGCGACGACCUGUGGUGAAAGCUAAGCUCGCCGUGGCAUGGCUGCUUAGUUUGGGGAAACGUUUCUUUGCCACUCCAGCAUAUUCACUGCCUCAGUACCCUGCACAGUGGGCUCUGCCGUCUCAGACGUCGGACGGUGACACACGCACGAAUCGCCAUGGUGGCUGUCUCAGACCGAGAACAGUGUCCACAGACGCUGACCUGCAUGCCCUUCUCGGAGCUGCAGAGGGUAUCAAAUUUUACGUGAUUGUUCUGCAGGAGGCCAAGUGCAGAAGGAGCGACGUACGACAGAUGAAUGACGGUACACUCGUCAUUCGUAGGGAGAAGGUUCCGUCGCGAAAUAUAGGCGGUGUUAGUUUUGCUGUGCACCCAUCUGUCGUCCAUCUUGUCGAUUCUCAUGAGAUCCUGCCACCUCAUCUGGCCAUUCUUCGCCUCCACCCUCUGCGCCAAAAACCCAUCAGUAUCAUCAACUACUAUUCACCAACAUCAGCAGCUGAUGAAUGA